AUGGGCGCCCCGCGCAAAGCACGCAGCUGGCGCCAGUGCCUUGCCGACGACUACGAAGAAGAAUACGGACCCCUUCCCGACCCUGUCGCCACAUUUGGAUCCGAGCUGGCGACAGCACCGCCAACGCCGGUACUUUCGUCCAGCAUCGCUGAGCCGGACCCCUUGUUCAUCAAUCAGCUUCACGAUAGAAUCGAGCGCAUUGCGACUUCAAGUUCUCCGACAUGCCUCCGGACUUCAUCUCGCGUCUGGCCGCAUGACUCCUGCAGCGACUCGGACGAACCUGAUGCCGCGCCAUGGUCACUACAAGCCUACGCCGCCCGACUCUCUGCGAGGGCCUUGAAAAAUCCCGCCACGGACGGAGAAGCGAUACACUCCAAAUCAAGACGCCAGCAAAGCGACUGCGCGAACAAGAUUCUGACAACACCCUCACCCAAACGAGCCCGAUGUGACAGCAAUGGCCUUGACGGAUCCGGAAGGAUUGAAGCGAGAACGAACAACCUGCUCGGCGAGGCUAAAGAGACGGAUGCGUCGAUCUACACGGCAACAACAACUUCACAGCCCUCCACAGACAAACUUGCCGACGCUGCCUGAUAGUUCUGAUUAGCAAGAUAACUCGUCUUAUAACCUACUAGUAACUUAG